AUCUUCUCUCACUUCAUUUCUGAACGAACAUCUUUUCCCUCUUCAUUGUUCCAUUCCUAUUAUCGGAACGGAUGAACAGCGAUUUUUCUCAUGGAAUCUUUAUUCCUCUAGUUUCGUAUGAUGACCCGGGCAAGAGUUCUUGAUCUGUCGUUAUCUACUUAUCUUUAUAUGGCCAAGUCCAGCUGCCCAGCUCCAUGAUUGUAUUGCCUGUUAAGCCUAGCCUGUCCACACUUUCUCUGCAAUCCAUAUACUCUAACUUCCAUCAAGAGAAGUCAGCAAUAAAUCAUGGACAAGUACCAACCUAAUACUUUUAUGGACUAAGGAUGUGCAUUGUGCGAUAUCAUUUCGAACAGUAACAAUCAUGUGUUAAUUAGGAGCACAGUAAAACAAUCCUCUCAGAAGACGCCAGUGCCUCCUGUCGUCUCAAACGAACAGAUCGAGCGAGAUCGAUCGGACUGCAAACAAAAUCAACAUCACGCUGUUCUUGUUGCUCCCCCCGGUAGCACACAGCUCAGCAGCCAGAACGGACUCGGCAGUUGCACCUUACACAAAAAAACGCAGUUACGGCCAAUUCAGCCUGCCAGCCGGUACCACCAUUCGUAGCAAUCGUACCAGUCCCCGCGUGUACAAGUGGAGUCUUGGAGACAUCAGGUACAAUUGACAUGGAUAUGGGUGAUGAUGUAGAUAUGUGGAUCUCAUAGCCGCGAUCUGCAAGAUCGAUCCCGCGAGUUCGACCAACUCUACACCCCGGCAGAACACCACGGUACAAUCAUUAUCGUACCAUUCACUGAUCGUCUGAUCCACUGCCGGUGUUCGACAUAGACACUUCACAUGUAAACCUGACCACGACUCCACGAGAGGUGACCACUUCACGCUGCACACUGACGAGUAAAACUGACAAAUGAGAUUGUGAGAAGAACCGCUCCGUCUCUACGAUUUCCUGGUUCGUAGAUCGACCAGGAAUUCGCGAUGGUUGCGCUCUCCAAGUUAGUGCUGAUCACUGCAGUGGCGCUGCUGGGCUGGGCGUACAAGGUCGCGCGGCCGCCGCCGCCGCCGAUCUUGGGCGGUCCGGGAGGGCCACCGGUCUCCUCUCCGAGAGUCCAGCUCAAGGACGGCCGGCACCUGGCCUACAGGGAAGCCGGGGUCGGCAGGGAGAUCGCCAAGUACAAGAUCAUUUUCUCCCAUGGCUUCGCCUCCACCAAGGAAUCCGACUUCCCGGUGUCCCAAGAGCUGGCAGAGGAGCUGGGGAUUUACCUGCUGUACUUCGACAGGGCUGGGUAUGGCGACAGCGACGCCAACCCGAAGCGGGGGCUGAAGAGCGACGCCACGGACGUCGAGGAGCUCGCCGACAAGCUGCAGCUCGGGGAGAAGUUCUAUGUGGUUGGGACUUCCAUGGGCGGCUACGUUGCGUGGAGCUGCCUCAACUACAUCCCUUACAGGCUGGCCGGCGUGGCGCUGGUCGUGCCGGCGGUGAACUACUGGUGGCCGAUGCCCGCCAGUGUGUCGGCCAGUGCGUACCGCAAGCUGGACGUCGGGGACCGGAGGACGUUCUGGAUCGCGCACCACAUGCCUUGGCUGUUCUACGCCUGGUUCAAUCAAAAGUGGUUCAGGAUCUCACCGAUCGUGGAGGGGAAGCCCGAGGCUUUCACUGAAAAGGACUGGGAGAUCCUAGCUGAGAUUCAGAGAACUGGCCAAUUGGACAGGGGGAGGGCGACGAAGCAGGGAGCCUACCACUCGCUGUGCCGCGACGCGACGAUCCUGUUCGGGGCGUGGGAGUUCGACCCGACGGCGAUCGAGAACCCGUUCCCCAACGGGGACGGCGUCGUCAGCAUCUGGCAAGGGCGCGAGGACAAGAUCGUGCGGGUGGAGGCGCAGCGCUACGUGGCGGAGAAGCUCCCGUGGGUACGGUACCACGAGCACCCCGAGGGCGGCCACCUCUUCAUGUGCGCCGACGGGUUGGGCGACAAGAUCGUCCGGGAGCUCCUGCUCGGCGAGGAGCCGCGAGAUUUGUAGACAGAUCGAGUUCGUGUCCUGUUUCGCUACACAGAGAGGGGAACACAAACUCACAGAUUGGGGAGGAAUAUAGGUCCAAGCGGUGCUUGUAGUUGUUGAUGGAAUAAACCUCCGAUUUGCUAAACUAGAAAAUCGAACUUAAAAUCCUGUGAAUUUCUAACUUCUGAUAUGCACCGCAGUCUGUGCUCCGAUCAGGCUAGUGUUGAAUAUAUAGAUUGUGUUUUCUUUUC